GCUCAUUUACAGGUUAUGUUUACUACUGGCGAAGGAGAGGCACAGAGAAGGGGAUCCUAAGGGACUGAACAAUUUAGGCCUACCUCUAUCGUAGAGUAAAAUAACGACAUUAUAUUUUGCUGUUCUCGUUGUGCAAUAACCGUGUGGUCAUUUUGGAAGGAGAUAUCCAUCAGAGGUUAAGUCACCCGAAACGCCUUUUAUUAUGAAGAAAAAUAGCAACUGACUAACGAAAGAGCAACAGCGAAGUCUGACAGUUGACUGGAAUCGAGUUUGCGGUUUGAUACCCCCCCGAUACACGGUUCAGAUUAGUUUUAUAUUACUUGAAGUUGUAAACGACAUAGUAAUCGUUCGUAUUUUUGCGUUCAUGCAAGAAGAUAUGUUUGUGAAAGACAGCAGCCAUGAGUAGUGAGUGACCCGUGGGUUUCGUUGCUUUGCAUGAACCUGAAGUUGUCAAAAAGCGAAGCUACAGAAUUCAAGGACUGUGUUGCACUUUUACAAGCUGCACUUUAGGUGUUCAUUCAAUGCACGGGAAUAUAACAUGUAUUUAGUAACUAGAUACAUCCAUAGCGAGUGUUACCGGAAGCGUAAUUCAAUUGAGAGUUGAUAGCUUUCAAAUCGCAUCAAACUUUGUGGCCUCCUGCCCAUUCAGCUAACGGUACCGUUAGCCAGCAGCUAGCUAACGUUUACUCCCCCUUUUCCUCUGCGACGCUAGAGACGCUGCGGAUUGUCUCAAAAAACACUUGAAAAGAAGACUCAAUGCGAUGCCAUUUAUUGCAAAGUGAGACUUUAACCUUUUGUUUAGCCACGAUGAUUCUCACGGUUGCGUUUGUUUGUUUUGGCGAUUUUGAAUAUCCCUCGGACCUUGUGCAGUUAACUAGCUGAAGCUAACCAGUGAGUUAGCUCGCUAACUAGCUAAGUUAGCUAGUAGUGAACACGUUGGACCCUCCGCCCAUUUUUCCGGGAUGAGCGUUUUUAUAUAUUUUCUGUUUACCUGUGGUUUAACUAACAAACCAAAACGACAGCUACACCUUGCCAGCUAAUUUUAAUCGAGUUGCAUCGGAUUCUUCCCCGGACAGUGACUGUCUACUGUGUUUUUUUUAGUCGGUCUGAUAUUGACUAGAGUUGAGUCAAUAUGUGUCCGCGGACUUUCCUUGUGUUUUUGGUGACUGCUGUCUACGUAUGGAAUUGUCAGCAAACGAAUGGAGAAAGUACAGAAAUCUCCAAUGGGAUCUGCUCCAGUAAGGACAUCCGGAACAACGUGACCAACCUGCGCUCCCUGGAGAACUGCACGGUCAUCGAGGGCCACCUGAAAAUCAUCCUCAUGUUCAAGACCAAGCCCGAGGACUUCAGGGGUGUCAGUUACCCAAAACUGACCGUGGUCACAGACUUUCUGCUCCUGUUCAGGGUCUACGGUAUGGAGAGUCUCAAAGACCUCUUCCCCAACCUCACUGUGAUCCGAGGUAACAACCUGUUCUUCAACUACGCUCUGGUCUUCUUUGAAAUGCUGCAGCUCAGGGAUAUCGGUCUCCAUAGCCUGAUGAACAUCACCCGAGGAGCGGUGAGGAUCGAGAAGAACCCAGACCUCUGCUACCUCUCCACCCUGGACUGGUCCAAGAUCCUGGAUACGGUGGAGGACAACUAUAUUGUGUCAAAUAAGAAUGACAGGGAGUGCGGGGAUGUGUGUCCCGGGGCGCUGGCCAAGGGCAAGGCUACCUGUCAACAGACCACCAUCAAUGGGAACUUCAACGAACGUUGCUGGACGCACAAGCACUGCCAGAGAAUGUGUCCCACCAGCUGUAAGCACCGGGCCUGUACCAGAGACCACCAAUGUUGCCAUGAACAGUGUCUGGGAGGCUGCUCUGAGCCCCACAACAGCAGCAGCUGUGUUGCCUGCAAGAACCUCCAGCACCAGGAGGCCUGUGUGGACCGCUGUCCGCAGGGAUACUACACCUACAGGGGCUGGCGCUGCGUCCCCUUCUCCUUCUGCCAGGACCUCCACAACAAGUGUCAGCAGAGCAAGAACAGCGACUGCCAACAGUUCGUCAUCCACAAUGGAGCCUGUAUACCAGAAUGCCCCUCCGGGUAUACUACUGUAAACUCCUCCACGUUGGUCUGUACUCCGUGUGCUGGGCUAUGUCCUAAGGUGUGUAUGGGCCUGAAAAUGGUGGACUCUGUGACAGCAGCCCAGGCUCUGAGAGGAUGCACCGUGCUCAACGGCAGCAUGGAUAUCAACCUUAGAGGAGGAAAUAACAUAGCAGCAGAGCUGGAGGCUAACCUUGGACAGCUGGAGGAGAUUACAGGCUUCCUGAAGGUCCGGCGCUCCUACGCUCUCGUCUCGCUCUCUUUCCUCCGCAACCUACGGGUCAUCAGAGGGGACACACUGAUGGAUGGGGGCUACUCGUUCUACGCACAUGACAACCAGAACCUGCGUCAGCUGUGGGACUGGACCCAACACAACCUGAGCAUCCUGCAGGGACGCAUGUUCUUUCAACUCAAUGCUAAGCUCUGCAUGUCAGAGAUACGCAAGAUGGAGGAGGUGACGGGCACCAGGGACAGGCAUACCAAAAACAACAUCGUAUCGAAGACCAACGGAGACCAGGCCUCCUGUGAGAACCAGGAGUUAAGGUUCACUCAGGUGCGUGCUACACAUGAUAAGAUCAUGAUCAAGUGGGAACCGUUCUGGCCUCCCGACUUCAGAGACCUGCUGGGCUUCAUGGUCUUCUACAAGGAAGCGCCUUACCCCAACGUGACAGAGUUUGAUGGCCAGGAUGCGUGUGGUUCCAACUGGGUGAUCAUUGACCUGGACCCCCAGCCCGGGCAACAGAGGGAAACGCACAACAGGAGUACCUUGAUCUUGGCUUUAAAGCCCUGGACGCAGUACGCCAUCAUGGUCAAGACCCAGCUCUCUGCCUCUGAUGAACACCAGGUCCUCGGGGCCAAGAGCAAGAUCACCUACGUCAGGACAGACGCCACCAAGCCCUCGGUGCCCCUGGACCCCAUCUCCUCCUCCAACUCUUCCUCUCAGAUCCUCCUGAAGUGGAAACCUCCCACGGAUCCCAAUGGCAACAUCACUCACUACCUGGUGUACUGUCAGCAGCAGCCUGAGGCCAGCGAACUCUACAAGUUCGAUUACUGUCAGAAAGGUAUGAAGCUGCCUUCGCGGGUGCCCACCCAGGUCGACAGUGACGAAGAGGCUAAGUGGAACCAGACUGAGGAUGAGGGUCAGGGUGGCCGCUGUUGUGCCUGUCCCAAAACAGAGAAACAACUGAAGAAGGAGGCUGAGGACUCAGAGUACCGCAAGACCUUUGAGAACUACAUCCACAAUGAGGUCUUCCUGCUCAAAUCAACCAGACAGCGCCGCUCAGCCAUGGGUGUAGCUAAUGAGACGCAGCCUGCGUUCGUGACAAAGCCCCCCACCCUGCCAGAAGGUUACUCCACCAGCGGCCCAGACGAUGAUGAGGAUGGUGCGGAGAGCACUAAGAUCCAGCUGACUGUGUUCUCCAAGGAGUCCACGGUUAUCUCCGGCCUCCGACACUUCACCUCGUACCAGAUUGAUGUGUUGGCCUGCAACCACCCCACAAACCCGUCACGCUGCAGUAUGGCAGCCUUCGUCUCAGCUCGCACCAUGCCUGAGGACAAAGCAGAUGACAUCGUGGGCCCCAUCAGCUAUGAUGUGUCUGAGUACUCUGUUCAAAUCAAAUGGUUGGAGCCUAAAGCUCCCAAUGGAAUGAUCAUCCUGUACGAAGUCAACUACAAGAGACUGGGAGACACAGAGGAGUUGCACCACUGUGUGUCCAGGAAGAUGUACCAGCAGUCGGAGGGCUGCAGGCUGAGAGUGGUGCACCCUGGGAACUACACUGUGAGGAUCCGAGCCACGUCGCUGGCAGGAAACGGCUCCUGGACCGACCCCACACACUUCUACGUACAGGACCUCCGGGUGGACCCAUCCAACCUAUUGAUUAUCAUUGGUCCAGUCAUCUUCAUAGUUCUACUGAUACUGGUGGCAGCGGGAGGAUUCGUCAUGUUCAGGAAGAAGCAAACCCAGGGCCCCUCUGGACCCCUCUACACCUCUUCUAACCCAGAGUACCUCAGUGCUGCUGACAUGUACGAGCCAGAUGACUGGGAGGUGGGCAGGGAUAAGAUUAACAUCCUACGAGAGCUGGGUCAGGGCUCGUUCGGCAUGGUCUACGAGGGCAUCGCCAAGGACAUCGUGAAGGGAGAGCCAGAGACGCAUGUGGCAGUGAAGACGGUCAACGAGUCGGCCAGUCUGAGAGAGAGGAUAGAGUUCCUCAACGAGGCCUCCGUCAUGAAGGGCUUCACCUGCCACCAUGUGGUGCGUCUGAUGGGUGUGGUCUCUAAGGGCCAGCCCACUCUAGUUGUCAUGGAGCUGAUGACCCAUGGCGACCUGAAGAGCUACCUGCGCUGCCUUCGCCCCGACUCUGAGAAUAACCCUACUGGGAGCCCGCCCCCCACGCUGAGGGAGAUGGUCCAGAUGACAGCAGAGAUAGCAGACGGCAUGGCCUACCUCAACGCCAAGAAGUUUGUCCACAGAGACCUGGCCGCUAGGAACUGCAUGGUGGCGCAGGACUUCACUGUCAAGAUAGGAGACUUUGGUAUGACCAGAGACAUCUAUGAGACAGACUACUACAGGAAGGGAGGGAAGGGUCUGCUUCCUGUCCGCUGGAUGGCUCCUGAGUCUCUAAAGGAUGGAGUGUUCACCGCACACUCUGACUGCUGGUCAUUUGGGGUGGUGUUGUGGGAGAUCAGUACCCUAGCAGAGCAGCCGUACCAGGGCUUGUCUAACGAGCAGGUCCUGAAGUUCGUCAUGGAUGGAGGAUAUCUGGACCGACCAGACAACUGUGCUGACCGGCUACACAAUCUGAUGUCAAUGUGCUGGCAGUACAACCCCAAGCUGCGUCCCAGCUUCCAGGAGAUCAUUGAGAUGCUCCACAAGGACCUUCACCAGUCCUUCCAGGAGGUCUCCUUCUACUAUAGCCAGGAGAACAAGCCUCCGGAGCAGGAGGACUUUGACCUGGACAUGGACAACAUGGAGAGCAUUCCCCUCGACCCAUCCUCUUACUCCCAGAGAGGGGACCACAGUUCCUCUUACUCCCAGAGAGGGGACCACAGUUCCUCUUACACCCAGAGAGGGGACCACAGUUCCUCUUACUCCCAGAGAGGGGACCACAGUUCCUCUUACUCCCAGAGAGGGGACCACAGUUCCUCUUACUCCCAGAGAGGGGACCACAGUUCAUCCUACUCCCAGAGAGGGGACCACAGCUCUGAGCGGGAUGAGGCGGGUUCGUCACUGGGGUUGAGACAAAACAACUACGAGGAACACAUCCCGUACACACACAUGAACGGGGGAAAGACUAACGGACAACAGACACUAGCCCUCCCUCGGUCUAGUCCCUCCUAACAAGACAUUUAAAUGGGGGUAAGGGUCUAGUCCAGGGGUUUGCAACUCCAGUCCUCUGGGGCCUGAUUGGUGUCAUACUUUUUCUCCAUCCUAUCAAACACAGCUGAUUAAUCAAAUUGCGUUCUAAACUGAAGAUCAUGAUUCGUUGAUUAUUGGAGUCAGGUGUGUUAGCUGGGGCAAAACUUUGACACCUAUCAGGCCCACGAGGACUGGAAUUGCCCACCCUCGGUCUAGUCCCUCCUAACAGAACAUUAUAUGGGGGUACGGGUCUAGUCCCUCCUAACAGAACAUUAUAUGGAGUAAGGGUCUAGUCCCUCCUAACAGAACAUUAUAUGGGGUAUGGGUCUAGUCCCUCCUAACAGAACAUUAUAUGGGGUAAGGGUCUAUCUAGUCCCACCUAACAGAACAUUAUAUGGGGUACGGGUCUAGUCCCUCCUAACAGAACAUUAUAUUGGGGUACGGGUCUAGUCCCCCUAACAGAACAUUUAAAUGGGGUAAGGGUCUAGUCCCCCUAACAACAUUUAAAUGGGGUAAGGGUCUAGUCCCUCCUAACAGAACAUUAUAUUGGGUAAGGGUCUAGUCCCUCCUAACAGAACAUUAUAUUGGGUAAGGGUCUAGUCCCUCCUAACAGAACAUUAUAUUGGGUAAGGGUCUAGUCCCUCCUAACAGAACAUUAUCCCCCAUGUCUUUCUCUCACACAGAUGAAUUGAUAUGAAUAUAGUUUUGUUGUUUUGUAUAGAUGAUCACUUUUUUCACUUGUUCAGAGGCUUCCUGGAAGUACACAUCUCAAGGACAUUAUUGCUCUCUGUUGUCAAGAUGCCACCCUCAUUACACUACAGUAUGUAGCCAUGUUGUCCAAUGUCAACCAGGAGAGAACAUGCAACCAACCACACGUACACUUUUUGUAUUCAAGAAAGACGAACCUCCCUCUCUACUGCUUCUCUCUUGUCCUCAAUCUUUUUUUUUCUUUUUUUAAUAUUGCCAAGUUUCCACAAAUGUGUGGCGGAGGUAGAAAUCAACUGUGAAAAUAAUUAAACUUUGGGUCAACCUGAAGGCUGCUAACCCCAGGACUUUCCAGACUGUCCCUUCCCCAAGCUGAGGCUCUCUCCCUGGGCAGCUCAGCCCUCGCUGGGUCCCUAGGUCUCCCUGGGCCAUGGAGGUCCCCCAUGGUGUCGCUCAGUGUAAAAGUGCCCUUUUAUCUCUGUCUGUAACCUGCAUCUUAUGUCACGGAGCUGUGUGUCUGUCUGUGACCUGCAUCUAAUGUCAUGGAGCUGUGUGUCUGUCUGUGACCUGCAUCGAAUGUCAUGGAGCUGUGUCUGUCUGUGACCUGCAUCUAAUGUCAUGGAGCUGU